UUUGUAUUGCGUUUGCAGUUAGGUGCUUUAAACACUGGGUUAAACGACACAAGCAUGUAAAAUGAAGAUAAAAUGCGUUUCCAUGUAAAAUAUCAGCACAAAUAGCAAGUAUCAAGAGUCGUUACACGAUCAAACUAAACGCGUUUCAGCCACUGAUCUAUAGAUCGUUCAGCCCAGCGCCGAGUGUGUCUUUAAGGAGGGGUCGAGCCGGCUGCAACGCGUCCUUCUGGUUUCCAAGGAAACGUGAGAAAGGACGACGCAGACAGGAGCGGGAUAGUGUGAUACACAGCACUUGCUUUUAAAGACAUUUCAACACUUUUUUUGCGAAACUUUUCAUCUGUACGAGUUCAGAGUUGGAGGUUAAUUGUUGUAAAUUCAUAAGUUCCUGUUUGGUUCAACAGGUGAAUGUGUGGACCUGUUCCCUGCAGCUAGAAGACAGAUGGAGAUAAACACACAAGCGCUGCCACCCCAUUAUCCUCUGCACACUCCCAGAAAUCAUCCAGAGUCCCUGUCUCUAUCCCCCUCACUUCCACAGCCUGCUUCUCUUCCUCUCUCCCCAACCACCCCCUGCCCUUCCAUCCCAUCUUCCUAUCUCCACUCCUCAUCAACCCCUCAGGUAUCUGGAGGGUCACACUGCCUUAGUCCCUCCACAGCAUCUGAUCAGGAUGACCUGACCUGCCUUAGCUGGCUGCAUCAAAGAGGGAACCUCUUGCCUCUGAAGCCCCUGUCCAGAGUCAGCGCACAGACCCUAGACCCCAUUCCUGCCCAGUCACUACCUGCCUGCCCCGCUAAGCCCCCAUACUCUUUUAGUAGUCUCAUCUUCAUGGCAAUUGAAGACUCACCAGAGAAGAGACUCCCUGUGAAAGGAAUUUAUGAGUGGAUUGUCGACAACUUCCCCUACUACAGAGAAGCUUCGGGUGGUUGGAGGAACUCUGUUCGCCACAACCUGUCCUUGAGCAAGAGUUUUCAACGAAUACAUCGUGACAAGAGUCAAUCGAUUGGAAAGGGCUCCUUGUGGCGUGUUUGUCCAGAGUAUCGUCCGGCCCUUCUGGAGGUUCUUCGAAAAACACAUUAUUGUCAUAGUACAAACAGCAACUUGUUGAACAAUACUGCUUUGUUGGAGGCAUCUAAUAACGGGCAGAUCUGUGUUAAUGACAACUUGGAAAUAUCAGAUCUUGACUCUCUGUCUUCAAACCCACCAUACUCUUUGACUCCAGAAGAUGAGGAGCUGGUCCCCAUGGACUCUGUAGAACUUACAGAGGUUUCAGGCGAGGAAUCAGAGAAGGAUCCAUUAGCAGACAGUGGCUACAUUGAGUUACACUAUUAUCAGUAUCAGCAGUAUCAGUACUUGGUUCUUCCAGGAGACACCGAAUUGGACCUGGAGACGGUUGAGAUACUGCAGCUUGACCCAGAGGCUCAGGAGGCUGCAGGGUCACUACUUGAUCUUGCAGGAGGAAACCACUGAGACGGAUAUUUGUAUGCGCUAUGUACCAGCAAGAAAGGUUAAUAUUGAAAUGGGUCCACUGUGUUGGCUUGAUGUACUAUUGUCACUUUAUAACUGCCUGAACUUUUAUUCACUGUCAUUAAAGGUGCAACACAAGCAUACUCAAAUAAUGUAAUGAUUUUAAGACGUAUAGGGAACUGACAGCACUGUGGGGAAUCAUGUGGGGCUUAUUCUUGCUCUUAGUGUAUUGUAACCUUGGAUAAAAGCAUCUUCAAGAUGACAAAAUAUUUAUUGUUUAUUGUCAUGUUUGACAAGUGAUAUUUAAUGCACUUCCACGCCAUUGUUCAUCAAGUCAUAUGUUUGAUUUGAUUAACUGUAUUCUAUUCACAUUAGAGAGCUCUGAUGUGCUUUUGAAACAUUUUUACAGUACAAUGUGGUACAAAAUUCUGAACAUUUUUAAGUAUUAUUGAGACAAACUGCCAGCUGUUAUUUGGGUGUAUGAAAAGAUUAAUGACAUUGAUUUCUUGUUUCUUAUUGUCAUGCUAAAGCAUUCUGAAGCAUUUUGUUUUCUGUGUAGUGUAAUGCAUGUCAUAUUUUGCUUUAUUCGUGUUUCUUUUUUUAGUCUAGUAUGUUAAAGAGACUGACAGUAAAUUACACUGUGACCCCAUGUACUUACUAACAUUCAUUUAGCAAUAAAGUA